GUAGAAAAUCCAUACAGGAAGCAAAACAACAGAGAAAUCUCGGGCCACCGGGGCUAAGGACGCUGAGAGGGCGCUUCUGACAUAGAUUAAGUUGAUAAAGAAAAGUGCGAUCGCUGGGAGCUGGGACAGCAGCCCGUGGGAAGGAGGGCAGGCAUCCGGACCCGCCCGCCGCUCCUCCGUCCUCAGGAAAAGAGCCAGAAGGUGCAAUUAUGCGUAAAGCAACGGCAGGAGGAAUUAAAAAGCAGCUUUUAAGUGCAGCCACCUCGCUGGAACCACGGCAAUGAAUGGGCAGGCGCUGCCAGCCGGCACGCCAGCGCAUCCCCGGGGCUGGCAUGAGUUCUGCGAGCUGCACGCCAUCAGCACCGCCAAGGAGCUGGCGCGGCACUACCUGCGCUUCGCCACCGAGCACCCACACCAUGACCUCCUGGCCGCCGAGAACUUCUCGGUGCAGUUCACUGACCUCUUCCAGCAGUACUUCUGCCACGAGGUGAAGGAGGGCAUCGCCAUGAACCAGCUCUGCAUCCUGCCCGGCGGCCCAGCGCGGGAUUACCGGGACACGCACCGGCGGCACACUGAUGCUUCCUUGGGCACCGUGGCCACCAAAGCCGAGGUGGAGCCUGGCACCCGCCCCGAGCAGCCCGCUCGAGCCCCCGAGGCUGCCCCAUCCGGACUGCGCAAGUCUUGGAGCUCAGAGGAGCUGGCGGGGCCGGCGCGGAGGCCCUUCUCGCUCAGCCAGCUGCGCAGGAGCUGGCGCAGCCUCUUCCGACGCCGCUCCUCAGAUGCCCUCCCUGGGGAUGGCGAUGGGGAGGCAGUGGAGGCGGCUCUCAAGCCAGGACUGGGCAAGCGCAUCCUGCCGUGGGGGCUGUCGCGGGAGCAGCCCCCCGAGGUGCGCAAGGAGGGACUCCUCAAGUAUGGGCUGCUGGACGAGAGCUCCCUGGACAGCGGGACGCGAUGGCAGCGCUGCCGCCUGGUGCUGCGGCGAGCGGGGCCGCCCGAUGCCGAGGACUUUGUGCUGGAGCUCUAUGACCCGCCCAAGGGUUCCAAGCCGAAGCUCCAUGUCGCCUGCUCUGCCGUGCAGGAGGUGCGGAGGUGCACCCGCCUCGAGAUGCCCGAUAACCUCCACACCUUCGUCCUCAAGGUCACCAAUGCCACCGACAUCCUGUUUGAGGCCGGGGAUGAGCAGCAGCUCAACUCCUGGACAGCCGAGAUCCAGGAGUGUGUGCGCAGGGGGUCUGACACGGGUGACCCCGAGCUCCUGGUGUGCCGGCACCCUGACCCUGCAGCCACCAGCCCCACCACCAGCAUCGACCCCCUUGGCCAAGUGGCGACGCCAGGGGGCCCCGGGGAGGCGGCAGGGCCGAAGAUGGAGCAGUUUCUCUCCUCCUGCCCCUGGUUCCACGGGCCCAUCUCCCGCGUGAAGGCGGCUCAGCUGGUGCAGCUGGGGGGGCUGGAGGGCCACGGCGUGUUCCUGGUGCGGCAGAGCGAGACACGCCGCGGCGAGUACGUGCUCACCUUCAACUUCCAGGGCAGAGCCAAGCACCUGCGGCUGGCGCUGACAGAGCGGGGCCAGUGCCGGGUCCAGCACCUCCGCUUCUCCUCCAUCGUGGAGAUGCUGCACCACUUCCACCGCUACCCCAUCCCGCUGGAGUGCGGCACGGCCUGCGACGUCCGGCUCUCCAGCUACGUCGUGGUCCUGCCCCACUCACAAGCAGCUCCUGGCUCCAGCACCACGGUCCCUCUCCCGCUGCCUGUCCCCGGCUGGAGCCCCGAGUUCAGCCUCGCCCCUGCCGGCUCCUCCUGCCCCCACGGUGCCGACGAGGCCCCCCCAGGCCCCCCUUCAGAGCAGAUCUUCCACCUGGUGCCGCCGCCGGCCGAGCUGGCGCAGAGCCUGCGCCCCAGCAGGAUCCCCCCGGCCCCCAGGCCCCGGCCCCGCGAGUCGGACUACGAGGUGGAGGCACCGGGCCGGGGCCACGUCCGUGCCAUCGACAACCAGUACACACCACUCUGACUGGCACCACGCCAGCACUGGGAUGCACUUUUGGGUGGAGAAAUCCUAGAGACCUUCUGGGAAUCCAUCCAGAGAAAGAAUGUACCUGUUUCUUCCUUCUGGUUAGGGAUGAUUAUUUUAUUUUCGCAAGGAAGGGGGUAAUUUUUCACUCCUGUAUGGGUGUGCUCCCUCUCGUUGGCCUGUUAAAGGGCCUUUUAUUGUUAUUUUUGUUGUUAUUCUCAAAGCUUUCUCAUUACUGUUUACACACCGCUCGUGCCUGUGCCCCAUGUGCCGAGCGCCGCGACGCCGAGCUCGGCCUCCCGCCUGUCCCAGCGAAGGAACCAGGGUCUGUGUUACACACACAGAAUCGGAGAAAGGUAAAAAAAACCCCAGGAAACCAAGAAAAAAAGGAUUAUAAAUUCAUUGACAAGUUGCUGCUCCGGGCCCUGUCCUCCUGCCCCAACACGUGCUGCCGCUGCCAAACCCACCAGCAAAGCCCGACCUGAGCUGAGCUCCUGCGACGGGCGCGAGCAGGGUUUGGGCUUUAUUUUUAGAUAAGGCAAAAACUGGCUUUUCUUGCACUUCUUUUUUAACCCAGCACAGCCAGAGUCACUCCCUGCACCAGCCAGGGGAAUGCUCACCUCGCUUGCCCAGCUAAUUGAGACGUGAACACUAAUUGCUCCAUCCUUAAUCGUGUCACCAGCUGAGAACUAACACAGAGACUGACAGCAAACCAUUCCUGCUGGUGAUGGAGGGGCUUUAUCCCAGUGAUGGAGACAUUUUAUCCCAGUCACUGAGACAUUUUAUCCCAGUGAUGGGCACAUUUUAUCCCAGUGGUGGAAUCAUUUUAUCCUGAUGUUGGAACUGUUUUAUCCUGGUGAUGGAACCGUUUUAUCCCAGUGAUGAAACUGUUCUACCCCAGUGAUGGAACCGCUCUAUCCCGGUGAUUGGAAGCAUUUUAGGCACAAAUUUGAAGUCAGUUUUUCCCCCAAAUGUUUUCUCACCUCACCAGCUCAGCACACCCUGCUGUCACUUGCCUUUUCCCCCCCAAAACACUGUGUCACCAAGAAUUUGGUGGUAUUUAAAGCUACACAGGCAAGGGGGGGUUCCUUGGACACCUCCUCACCUGGAGGAAAAACCUAUCCCAGCAAAUCCCUGGGUGUCAAGAUCCCCUGAUCCCCAAUCUCCGCUGCUGUUUCCAAGCCCUGGUGCUGCUUCACCUGCUGGGGCCUGGGGCAGCCGUAGGAGAGGAACCACUUCUUGGAAGCUGCCGUUAUUUUAAGAAUGAGGAAGGGCUGGAGCUGUUGCAACACCCGGGGGGGUGAUGUUCACAGCAUUCAACUUCCAGAUUUCCCAGCGUAGCCCCCGGGAUUUCAGCUGCAGAACUUGCCUUGAGAUUGAUUUCCAGAAAGCUUUUUCCUUGAAAUUGCAGUACAGGUGGGAGCCCUCAGGAGCAUUAACAUUUAGGAAUUAAUUUGAAAACAAGCGAACACAAAGCCUUGUUGGGCUGAGCUAGGGAAUUUCACAAAAAUCCAGCCUCUAGGCCGGGCUUUGCCGUGAAGCCAGUGCUUGGUGAGCCCAGUUGGUAGCCAAAGCCUGAGGAGCCAAGGUCAGGAGCUGAAGGGCAAAUCCCAGUGCUGUGGGGCAAGGCCAAAAUAUCCAGGGUCAAAAACAGCUCAGGGAAUGGCUGUGAGAGCAAAUCUGGGUUUACAAGUCACAGUCAAAGGAUGACACUGGGAGAAACAGGAACCAUCAGCCUGAGAAACCAUUUAGGAUUUGCAUUUUAUGCCUCCCCAUCACUUGCUCCAGCUCUCUCCUGGGUUUUGUGCAUUUAGAGCAGGCAAAGGCUUUUUCUCCUCCUUUCUCUUGAAAACAGGUGCACAGGGAGGAAUCCUACUUUUCCAUGGGGAUCAGCAUUCCCAGCACUCAGCACAUGCUGUCACACACUCACUCCUGAAACCAGAGCACUAAGAGUGAAUUGCACUGGUCCAGCUCCUCCAGCACUGCCAGAGGCUGAUGGGGAAACAAAGGCAGCCCUGUCCUCCUGGAGCUCCUCAGCUGUAUCCGCAUCCCAUUUUCCUGCCUGGAGCAGCACAAAGGCUGCAUCCAGUGGCAGGAGCACAUCUCUGAGCUGGUUUGUGCCAGGCAAGUCAGCUCCCUCCAUCACUAAUAAAUAACUCCCCGUGGUCUGUGUUUGCGGGGAUGGGGAAGGGAAGGGGAGGAAUUACACACAAGUUAUCUCCUUUCCUUGCUAAGUGCUUGGUUCCCAAAGCCUUGGAAAACACAUACACAUGCUAAAUCUUGCUAAGAUUCCUGAUUUUAGUCCCACCGAGCACCAGCAAUCUGUGUUCAAAGGGGUUUUUCCCCC